UAAUUUGAUGUGGAAAGAGUUGGAUCUCGAAAUCGGCGUUCUGCUGAAAUUUGCACUUGGGUCUGGCGCCCCAUGAGGUCAUACGAUUGAUUGAGUCCAAAAUCGCGAGCCGCAAAGCGGAGAACAUACAGGCGAGCAAAUCCCGAUGCGAAAACCGGGCGCAACGAAGAACCAUUUCAUAAUUCCGAAAGCAGCAUCGCACCCCUUCAGAGCGAGUCUUCCCCUCCUCCCCUCUCCCCACUGGGCCCCCCAAUUCACUGAGACCACGAUGCACAGCAACGACGCCCUGAAGGGAGAGGAGGCCGUCGGGGCUGGGCAGGCGGCGGCGCGGGGGGCGGCCUACGGCGCGGCGCGGUGGGGCGUCGGCUUCGCCGUCCUGGGCGCCGUCGGCUACUUUAUGUCGCCGAUAUACCGGGGGCUGACGAUCCAGUUCAAGACUUACAUCCAAAUGUCGGGCAUGGUGUUCGGCGGCAUGAUCGAGGCGGACAGCCAGCUCCGCGUCUACGAGGCCAAUAUGCGCCUGCGCAGGAAGGCGAUGCGCAGCCAGAUGGCCCGCGCCGUGUACGAGCGGGAGCUGCAGGAGCUCGAGGGUGGGAGGCCGCUGGAGCCGCGGGACGAGGGACGGCCGGCUCAGCCGAAGAGAUGAGGUGGCUAUGGGGGAUUUGUACCGACAUUGAGCGAUCACAACUGCCGCAAUUUGGCAAACUCUCGUGAGGAAUAUGGGCUGGGUCUGGGGCGUGCGAGUAUGGCGUUUUGCCAACUACCCGAUCGCAGAACUGUGGACGGCGUUGCGCGUGUUCAUGUGAUUGAUUGAACAAGGGUUGGGCGCCGCAGACUAAAAACAUUGUCUAUUCCCCCCAUCCAUCAACGCCGGGCCACGCUUACGAAAAAAAAGAAAAAGAAUCAAGUCGAGAAUCGUCCUGUCGGGGUAAGCGCGCCAGGGAAAAACAUGUACGGGCAGUUUAACAGCAUAGGGAAGCAAAAAUCAGCGGCUUUAUUUCUUGGCCGAGGGCCUCUCAAACUUCUUGGGGUCCAUGUUCAACUUGCAC